AAUAUGGCUUCUACGUAUGCCUCCGUGUACAGUUUCAGACGUGCUGACCCUUACGGGCCUGUGACGUGUCUGACAGCUCUCGUGUGUGCAAGAUAUAUUUCUAUUUAUUACCUUAGUGCCGUAGUGAAAGUUACACGGUGCGUGCUGGAACCUGUGCCCCGCAGAUAAGGAUGCUAAAUUACAUCUGGCAGUAUCUCUACAGCAACUACUUUAGAUUUUGGUUGAAGUGGUUUCUAAGACAGAUAGAUGGCAAGUGUGAGUUGCAGCGGAUUUGUGAUGGAUCCAAGGAUGGGGCCCGCAGGACACAUAAAAUAGAGUACUCUUUGGAACACUCAAAAAGUAAGGUACUGCAAUCUGCAAUAAAUAUUUAUGAGGAUGAAAUAGACAAAUAUGUAUCUGAUAUCAUACAACAAAAGAAAAUAAAUGUGGAGAAAUACAAAAGUUUUCAGAUAAACCUGAGGACAUGCUUGUUUCAGAUCUCUGGAUAUAAAAGGCUGUAUUUGGAGGUGGAGGAUGUAAGGAAACAGCCAUAUGAUUCUGACAACCAUCAGCAUGAGCAGCAGCUACUAGAGCUUUGGGACUUGCUUAUGCCACAUGAGAAGCUGAAAUCUAGAAUCACUAAGCAGUGGGGGGAUAUUGGCUUUCAGGGUGAUGAUCCCAAAACAGAUUUCCGUGGCAUGGGCAUUCUCGGACUGGCAAAUUUACUGUAUUUUAGUAGGCAUUAUACAGAAGAAUCUCGCUUAAUUCUGUCUCAUUCCAGUCAUCCAAAAAUCGGGUAUUCAUAUGCUAUAGUUGGGAUCAAUUUGACAGAAAUGGCUUACAGUUUGCUCAAAAGCGGUGCUCUGAAGUCUAAUUUCUAUAACAUGGCUCCUAGGUUACCUGAGAUUAAGAGCUUCCAUCAGUUUUUCUGCUAUCUUCUGUAUGAAUUUGACAAGUUUUGGUUUAAAGAAGAACCGGAGAGUAUUAUGCACUUCAACCAAUACAGAGAAAAGUUUCAUGACCAGAUCAAGCAUCUGCUCAGUGAUCCUGACGUCAUACUUACCCUUUAACAAGACUGAACCAUCCAUAAAUUAAUCAUACUACUCAACGGGAGCGACGUCCACUGCUGGCAAUGGAUUCAGAACCUUCCACUAUUUAUGCAUAUUUCCAUCUUCUUGUGGCUGUGUAUUUUAUUGUUGUCUAAUAUAUGUCAUUACAAGCAGUAAGUUUUUUAUUUACUUAAACCGACUUGGACACUAAAUAUAUUGCUGGAUUUACAGCUGCUGAGAAUUCAUCAACCAUACUGAUGCAACACGUUAUCAAAGAGGGAGGUUAAUGAUUGCUAAUAUUUACAGAAGGGAAAGUAAAUGGAAGGGUUUCUCUUCUUGUCUCAUUUGCCUGUAUGUCUUUAAUAUUUAGCCAAUAUGCUCCUUUUCCUUAGCGGAGCCUCGGGAAUUGCACACUGAAGCUGAUUUUCCAAGGAAAGAGGUGCCAUGCUUUUUUGUCUGGUAAAGUGUUAACAUGACAUACAUGUGGCAUCCUACUGGUUUCUGUGUUCACCCCUCUUUUCCCACUAUUUCUCAGACUGCGGUGCAGUGCCCGGGGCUCCACUACCAGGAAGGAGCAGCUAGGUUAAAGUUAACCAUUUGGUUAUAUUUGCGUCUUUUAAAGUUGGCAACAUAUUCUGACAUUCAUGGACCUUUUCCCUGAAUAUAUUCAUGCCAGUCCCUUCCUCGAUUAAAGUUGCAUCAGCACUGUGCAUCCUGUUCUCACCUUGUUGAUUGUUAACAGAACAGGUUUUAUAUGCUGCUAAUGCUAGGAAUACAGACAGGUUUCUGAUAAAUGAUUAUCAAGCAAAGAAAUUACAAAGGUCCAUCAUCUUAUAUAAUCACAUUCCGCUGCUCCCGUUUUGUAAUCCCAUCCUCAGUGGGUGACAAUCUGCAGUAGAGAUGGAGAGAAGCAGGCAAUGGAUAUAGUAUUUGAUUGGAGGCCUGCUCAGGCAUCCCAGUGAGGAUUCUUGCUGACCAUUUGUAAUCCCAAAAUGUCAAGCGCCUGUAUAGUUAGUUUACACUAAUAAAUUUAAAAGUUAUGACUAUUAUGCUAAAUAUUAUGUAUUAUUUUAUUUUUAUUAUUUUUAAAUAUAUUAUUAAUAUUUUUGAAUACAUCAUUCUGCAUCACUCUGCGGCUUCUUUUCUCUCUUUUGCACUUCUGUGGUUAAUUUUGCCGCUGCUAUCUGCAUGUAAUGGUGGCGGCUAUUUUAUGGGAUAUACUAAUAUUUAUAAUGCAGCAUUUGCCGGUUCACUAUGAAUCAGUGCUCAUGAUUUCAGCCGCUUUAAAUGAUAGUUAGACUUUUAAAAACUGAUAUUACUAAUGGCCCAUACACACGGUGAGAUUCGGGCUAUGCCCGAUUCUCACUAUGCGACAGGGGCCAGAUCGGCACAUAGUCAGUAUCGCAAGCACAUAAUGAGUGUGCUUGUGAUACUGACUAUGUGCGAUUUUGGCUAAGUGUCAAUUUUGACUAUCUCUUCUCUAGAGAUAGUCAAAAUUGACUUGCCUGCACAGUCUAUCUAUUCUUGCGAUGCCGACCGCGCGGAACCACACAUCGUCAUCGAAUUGGGAUCGCAAGGUGACUUUCACCUUGCGAUCUGCACUAACUUUUCUUACGAUUUUGACUAUAUAGCCAAAAUCGUAAGAAAAAAUCUCACCGUGUGUACACACCAUAAGAGCUACUUAGGAUUUGUGUGUUUACUAUAUCUCUUUUUCCAAAACAUUUUUUUUUUUUUUGCACUAGCUUUCCAGGAGGCAGUUAAAAUGGUGAACCAUGAUCCUAAUUUAGCCUUAAAGACCCUUCCAGAACUGUCGCUUUAUAUAUCCUCCUUAGUCUCUAUUGUAUGAGAAUAAUGCACAUUAUGAGCAUGUGUACAUACUGUAAUAUAUGCCAGUACUAUAGUAAAUUAAAAAAAAACAGUUACUACAACAUAUGUACUGUACAUUGCACCAUGGAUUCAGCAAGAUGUAAUACAGAUGAAUGUAGCAGUGUAUACUCUGCUUAGGAAAUAAACUAUCACUGAGAGUGACCUGGUGCUCUUCUAUAUUACUGCAUUAGGGGCAGUAUCAAAGGACAGGGCAGCCUGGUACCUCUGUUCAGGUGCAAUAAGGGAAAUAGUCUCUGUAUGUGCAAAGAACACGUGUAAUGCGAUGUAAAGAGAUUUUGUUUGUGCUAACGCUAGUUUUAUUACAGCUUCAUUCUGUUGGUGUAGUUUCUACUUCUAUUUAUUGGUCUUUAUGCUCACAUAAGUGUAUGAGACUGUUAUGUGUUUCUUCACUACCAAAUUACUUUUAUACAUCCAGUAAACUACUCUUUAUAAA